GACGACGAUCCAUUAUCUCGCUAUCUGACCGAUGUUUCCGGCUACCCAAAUGGUCGUCGCGAUAUGUUCUGCCAUGAAGAUGAGCAGAUGGCUUGGAGACUCGCCGGCGACGGAGCCAAAACUAGGCGUGAAGAUGGCUGGAGGGCUCCGUGCGUGGAACGGCUCAAAGUAUACGUAAACCGCACGCCUUCGAGAUGUUUCCGGCCAAGGACGCCGAGAAGGAGAAGGCCAGAGUACAAGCUAUGGAGAAGAUGUACAGAGACAUCACCAGAUGGCUUGUCGAAGUCUUUUCCGAAGACUAAUGAGCAGCCAGACCGUGAUGAGCAGCCAUGCUAGUCCUUCACUUCACAAGCAACGCCCCCAUUCUGCCGCGUUUGCGUUGACCGGGCUACGUCAACUGAAUCCGACUUCGACGCGCAAACGCUGCUCUCGCUGUCCACAACCAACAACGCCCGCGUUGUUUUCGCUGCCACUUCAUCAACACCAUGGCACCCAACAGCUAUGGUGUUCCGAAUCCGUUCCCGCUACGCGCACAAGCAGAGAGAGAGAAUGCGCGCACUCGUGCUCAGUACGCUAGCGUGUCUGGUCCGCCGCUCAACCCUAUGGGUGUAAGUAUGCCAUACGUUCCUUCGCCCAAUCCCUACCCACAUCCGCCCGUGGCACCCCAGCCACGGAGAGUGCACACUGGACGUCUUGCGAACCGAUUCGCCGGAAGAGCCACGCACCAGGACCCCUUCACCCAUCCGCCUCCUCGGAACAACCCCGGUGGAUCCCCCGUGUUUCCGUUCGCACCUCCACGCCAGGCCAACCCCGAUGGAUCGCCCGCGUACCUGUUCUCACCUCCAGUUCAGAACAUGUACCCAAGGCCUCAAGCGUAUCCGUACACUCAAUACCCAGGACCCCCCAUGGCACCAGAGCAGAACUUCACCUACGCUCCACCAACCAUGAUGGGCUCUCAGCGUAUGGAGAGCGGAGCUCAGGGCAUCCGUGGAUCUGCUCGAGCGAGCCACUUCCCCUCGAUGUCCUCACUCCACGAUGCCCUACCUCAUCCAGCGCCGCUCCGCCAGCCCACACCCGCCCCGCCUCACGGCCCGUCGCCUCGCCCCGAGUACCUCAUCGUUGGCCUCUUCGCUCUCCGUCUUACACAACACCUCAUCAUGCGUCUCGACCCAUACGCUGGCAGCGACGCGGCUCUCCGCUGGCUCGAAGCUUUUCUCCGGUCUUACGAUGCAAGCUUCGAUCUGGCCAAACUGAAGGACCCACGCUCGAUUGAGGACUACGUGCGUAUGUACCCGGGCAUUGUGCGCAGCAUGAUCAAGCAGCCGAAGUAUCGGAGGGUGUUCAUGGAUAUGGAUCCGGAUAAGAAGAUCGAGGGACGGGACUUGAGCGAUGGUGAGUACGCGACGCAGAAGAGGUGAGUGUUGUGGAGUGCUAAUCGAGAGAAAGAGGAGCUGCGGGCGAUCAUCAACUUUGCGGAUGCAGCGGGUGAGUGGGGCUCUGUCGUUCCGCUUCGUGGAAAAUAUGCGCAGCGGAUGGAGGACUUGGCCAAAAUGAGAAGCA